AUGUACUGUCACCAUGACGAUUCCAGUGAUGGGGAGGAGGGUUACCACCACCUCCCCAAGGAGGGCUACCACUACCUCCCCAAGGAGGGUUACCACCACCUCAUACCCAAGGAGGGCUACCACCACCUACCCAAGGAGGGUUACCACCUCAUACCCAAGGAGGGCUACCACCACCUCCCCAAGGAGGGUUACCACCUCAUACCCAAGGAGGGCUACCACCACCUCCCCAAGGAGGGUUACCACCUCAUACCCAAGGAGGGCUACCACCACCUCCCCAAGGAGGGUUACCACCACCUCCCCAAGGAGGGUUACCACCUCAUACCCAAGGAGGGUUACCACCACCUCCCCAAGGAGGGUUACCACCACCUCCCCAAGGAGGGUUACCACCACCUCCCCAAGGAGGGUUACCACCACAUACCCAAGGAGGGUUAUCACCUCAUACCCAAGGAGGGUUACCACCACCUCCCCAAGGAGGGUUACCACCACCUCAUACCCAAGGAGGGCUACCACCACCUACCCAAGGAGGGUUACCACCUCAUACCCAAGGAGGGUUACCACCACCUCCCCAAGGAGAGUUACCACCACCUCCCCAAGGAGAGUUACCACCACCUCCCCAAGGAGGGCUACCACCUCAUACCCAAGGAGGGCUACCAUCACCUACCCAAGGAGGGCUACCAUCACCUACCCAAGGAGGGCUACCAUCACCUACCCAAGGAGGGCUACCACCACCUCCCCAAGGAGGGUUAUCACCUCAUACCCAAGGAGGGCUACCACCACCUCCCCAAGGAGGGCUACCACCACCUCCCCAAGAAGGGUUACCACCACCUCCCCAAGGAGGGCUACCACCACCUCCCCAAGGAGGGUUACCACCACCUCAUACCCAAGGAGGGUUACCACCACCUACCCAAGGAGGGUUACCACCACCUCAUACCCAAGGAGGGUUACCACCAUCUCCCCAAGGAGGGAAUCAUCUAG